AUGGAGUAGCAAUUGAAAGGCAGUUAGGACACUCCGAUAAGGUAGCACAACUUUGGAAUUCUUGACAAUUCUUUUGCUCAUUAAGAUAAGAGUGGUCGAAGAAAAGUAACUUUAUCUAAUAGGUAUCUCUCAAAUUAGACCAAUCCAAGAAACGUCAGUCGUCCUUAAACAGCGCAGUAAUCUAAUAUGACAAAAGUCAAUCCAGAAGAUCUGCAGAUCCAGAUUGCUAAGAGAUCUAAGCUUAUUUACGGAGUAGAAGAUUAUAUGGCUUUCAAGAGAAAAUUAAAGAUGAAGGACUAGAUGAAAAAGACCUAUGAUGGGAGGAGUUCAAUGCAUAAUAGCUACCUAAUUGAAGAAGAUAAGCAAAACAAAUUUAUCAUUCCUCUAACAUCGACCUGGAAAAAAUACUUCAAUCUCUGGAUGGUAUUACUGGUCGGUUACAGCUGCUUUUCCACCGCUUUCUAUGUUGCAUUUGGGUAUCCAUCUAAUUAACUUGGUGUCUUAGUAGUGGACUAUUUCGUCCUUGCUUUCUUUAUCAUAGAUAUCAUUUUAGAUUCUCAGGAAAUAGUCAGUGAUCAGAAGAAAAUAGCGUUAAAGUAUGUUAAAAGCUAUCUCGUAAUUGAUUUGAUUGCUACAUUUCCUUACGAGUUGGUUACCAAUAACUACUACACAACCCUUUUUAGACUUUUCCGUCUAUUUAGAAUCCAUGAAGUUCUCGCCUUACUUGAUUUUUAGAAAAUAAGGCCAUUCAUUGAAUUUUUCUUUCAAGAGGACUCUAGAAAAAGAAGAAUUGUCGUUACCUUCUUUCUGAUGAAUAUAUUUUAAAUAUUUAGUUUAGUUCUUACUACUAUUACUAUUCUCUAUUUUCUAGGAUGUAUCUGGUAUAUUAUAAGUGACACUUUGAAUACUGAUUACAAUAUAAACAAUGACAUCUCUUAUGUAGAGACUUUUGGCCAAGAUUAGUAUACUAAUGACUAUGAAAGAUUUAUUACAAGUAGCUACUUCAUAAUAACAACACUAGCAGUUAUCGGAUAUGGAGAUCUAUAUCCAAAGACAAAUAUUGAGAAAAUAUUCGAUAUUUUAAUUAUGAUCUUAGGUGUUGCAUUUUUCUCGUAUAUUAUGGGGAAAUUCAUUAACAUUGUACAUGCAUUCGAUGAUCUUACUGAAGAGAAAGAUUAGUCAGCUUAAUAAUCCAUGAGUUCUAAUAUAGAUGUUCAUUAAUGGCUUAACUUACUUAAUAGAUUUACUAAGAAGAAGACUAUUAAGAGAACUUUGCAGAUUGAGAUAGACGAUCACUUUAAGCAUUAUUGGUAAAAUGAUAGAUUAGCUCAAAUUACAUCAAACACUGAAUUUCUUAAAGCAUUGCCAAGAGUUGUCAAAAAGAAUAUAAUGGUCUAAUUUCUUUACGAUGAUGUCUUCUAUAAAUUCAAGAAUUUCUUUAAAACUAGAAAAAAUCUUGAAUCAAAGUUUCUUUACGAUAUAUCAUUCAACUUAAAGCCAAGGCAAUUCUUCCCUGAAAGUCACAGAUGCAUCAUUUAUGACGAGGAAGAUGAAGUACCUGAGAUGUAUUUUAUUCAAAAAGGUCAGAUUGGAGUUGGAUUCUAUAUGUUCUCAAAGAAUCCGACUGAUUAAAGUUACAGAAUAGGCCUCUUGAUAAAUGAAGGUAGUUUUAUCUGUGAUUAUUAUGUUUGCCAAAAUAAGAAAUCUCAAUUUGUAUAUGCUGCUCAGAAAGAAGUUCAUGCAUUCUCUCUAUCAAAAAGAUACCUAUAAACCUAUAUCUUCGAUAAAUAUCCAGACAUUGCAGUAGAAAUCAAAGAGGAUUCUCUUCAUAAUUAUAAAGAAAACAUCAUGAAUAAAAUGAUAAAGUUGAGGCAAGAGCAUUUAGAGGAGGUAAAUAAAAUAUCUACCUACAAAAUGAUUAACGUCUAGCAAAGAGAAGACUUUAAUCAUGAUGAUUUAGAGUCAAGUCUAACUCUUUCAGAUAAAUCUAAGAACGAUAUAAAUUUCAUGCUUUAGAGAAGAAUUAUGGUUAUUUAAGAUGAGAUGCAAAGGCUAAACAAAAAUUUGAAGGAUUUUGUUCAAUCAAUCGAUGUUGAAUAUGCUAAAUUCUUAAAUAACAUUCAAACUCUCCAUCAAGCUUAAACUAGGCUGAGAUCUUACAGUUUUAAGAACCCUGUACACCAAAAUUCAACUAUUAACAACAGCAAAUGGGCAUCAUCUAUAAAUGCUGAUUUAAGAUAAAACAAGAAACAUGCUUGA